AUGACUGCUGCACCUCCGGUGCCUCACGCCAUCCCCGAGGGCCUCAAUGGGGCUCCCGGUCAUCUCGCUCACAGUCUGCCACGCUAUCAAGCCAUCGCCAUGAAUCCUAAUCCGCCCUCUCACCCACCAAUGCCCCCGCCAGAUCAAAUGGUUCAGAAUCAUCAUUAUCGUCACUAUGCGCCGCCGCCUUUGCACGAUCCUCAUGCAGGACCGCCUCCCCCACCCCCGCCAGCGGCCUUGUCGUCUUUAGAUCAGAUCGAAGCUCGUUUGCGUCAAUUGGAACACGAAGAAAUGAACCGGAUGGCAGCUCGGCAUCAUCUUCUUGCUGUGCGCAAGCGUGAAGACGAAGAAUUCCGUAGAAUGACCGAGAACGCCGAGGUUGAGGAGGAGGAUCUUCGGAGACAACGCAAGAGAAUUAAGCGGGAGUCGAUGGGCCUUGGACCUAAUCAAACGAUGGACUCGCCGCCGAUGCGGCCAACACCACCACGUCGGUUAUCCGAGACCAGCGCGGCCACGACGUUGGCCUUUUUCAAGCAGCAGAGUCCUCCGGAGCCUCGCCAAACACCGCUACCACCAGUAUCACGUACACCACAACCACCACCUUCUAUGCCUCCCUCUGCUCAUAUGCAUCCGCAACCUCAUCAUGCUCCUCCUCCUCCGCCCGCCCCAUCCCAGCACCCACAACACCCUCAUGCCCAUCAACAUCAACAUCAGCACCCAAUCAACCCACACGAGGCCAUUAACUCCGCGGGAUCCAUUCGGCGCAAGCAAAAGUACACGAUCAAGAACGUUGAGGCCUGGGGCGAGCGCCACGGCCGCCCAGCAGCCCACGAUCCCUCUGGCCGCGCCCUAUGGAAGCGGCCCUCCGACGGAAGCCUAGUCUAUUUGACUUGCCCGAUCCAUGGCUGUGGAAAAUCCGACUUUGUCACGCUGCACGGCUUCAUGUGCCACUUAACUAAGAAGCAUAAAGACCGCACGCUAGGUAGCCAGUCGCGUGCGCUCGAGAUGUGCGGCAUAGUCUAUGACCCGAAUGCACCACUACCGCCGGUGCAAGCUUCCAAUCGCGGCUCGAUGGAAGAUAGUCCGCUGGGUGGGGGUCCUGAUGAUGAGGGCCAUGAUCCUGAGCUGGACUCUGAGCCAGAGGACAGCGAAGAACCUCGCGACGAGAUGUAUCGGGUCAAGACCGAGGCAACAGAGAGGUCUCUUCCCAAUCCAGAGGAUACUCCCGCCUCGCAAGAUGCCUCGCCUAUACCGCCCAAACCGACCAUCAAUGGCUCAGUCAAACAGUCCAUCUCAUCUAUUAUUGACCGCACUCCUGAAUCCGAGCCUCGGGAAGCACUGGCGUCACUGACGCCCUCUGAAUCUGUCUCCCAGGGCCCGACCCUCGUGUCCUUGGAGCAGUCUGUUCCCGCAAAGCGGAAAUAUGAGUACUCGCCCGAGAAGGAGAACACAGAGCCAAAGGAGGGCUCUGCGACGGAGUAA